CAACUUGAGCUUCUGAAGCUAAAAUUUAAAGAUGCCCCCUUUCACGUGCCGACGCGCUUCUCCGCCUUCUGCCACCACGUCUCCGACACCAGCAGGAAAUAUCCCUGAGCCCUGAAGCUCUCUCCCACUUGCUUACGAGUCUCCAGAUAUCUAGCGGGCUAGAAGAGACUCUGAAAGAAGCGAUUCCGAUAGAAACCAUGGCGUUCAACAAGAAAUACGCUGGCCUUCCGGACUUGGAUCUUGCUCCUGAUAUUUACGAAACGCCAGACCUUACAGAUGAUGUCUCGACCUUGCCGACAGCCACUGUGCGCACCGCUUCGGAUUCCGACGACGAUCUUGGUUCACACUCAGACAUCGACCGACAUGGCGUUAAUGCAGAUGAGGCACGCGCUCAUUUCCUUGGUGCCACGGUCGAUGCCCGUGAUGUAAACUUCUCCGAUAGCAUUGCCACGAAGCGAAAAGCAUACAGGAGCAAGACUGGCCGUCGACGGAGACGCGGCGAUCAACAAAGAGAAGCGGGAGAUCUUUCGGACAGCGAGGAUGAAAGUUUCGAGAGGAAGCUCACUCGCCUUCGCCGCGAGGUGGAGGAAAUGAAGAGUGAGCUGGUGACGCGACAAGCCGAAGCGCAGCGCAAAGAAACCCAGGGAGAGGCACACGACCAGGACAUGGGCGACGGCGUGAUGGAGCUCAGCCGUGCGCUGGACAACCUCCAUGCUUCGUCAAGGAACACGGCCGGCCCUUAUUCUGCGGCCGCCACGUUGUCCCAGCAGAUCUCCAAGGGGUCGCUGAACGACCAUUCCGCGGCUGCAAGCAAGCCAAGCGGCCCGGACGGGAACUCAAACACAGCCUCACAGACGUCCCCCUCUUCGCCGGGGGUCCUAAGCCAUGCUGCGUCCUUCGACGGCCGGCUCGCCCUGAUCGAAGCCGCCAUGGGCAUCUCCAGCGCUUCCAAUCCGUUCCUCGCCGACGGCGGCAGUGGCUCGCAACCGGCCCUACAGCCCAUCCUCCCCGCUCUCGACCACCUCACCUCUCGCCUCUCCACGCUCACCAGCAUUCUCAUCGGGCCCAACCCCCCCGCCUCGGCUGUUCCGACCAUGGGGCCCGCGCCGCCGUCAACCACAUACACGACCCCGCACCUUGAAUCCCUGAGCAGCCGUGUGCGCAAAUUGACUGCCGAUGCAGACUCUCUAGCCUCUGCGCGUAGACGAGCCGUUGACGCCGCCAAGGCAGCACAGGCAGCACGCAUCGCGGCAGCCACGAUCGACUUCACGUCAGAGGGCAUGUCCGUUUCAUCUUCGUCAGUAGUGACGCCUGGCGCCGGCGCCGGCGGUGCCAAUAACGCCAACACCACCACCACCACUAACAAUAACAAUAACAACAGCGAAGGCCAAGACCCCGCCGCCUCGCAGCGCGACGAGCAAGCAGCCAAGAUCCAAGCUCUGUACGCGACCCUGCCAACGAUCCAGUCGCUACACCCGCUGCUACCGAGCGUGCUGGAACGGCUGCGCUCCCUGCGGGCAGUGCAUGCCGGGGCAGCGCAGGCGGCGGAUCUACUCGAGGGUCUUGAGAAACGCCAGGCGGAGAUGUGGAAGGAGAUCGAGCAGUGGCGUGAAGGGCUACGGGUUGUCGAGGAGAAGAUGGACCAAGGUGAAGCCGCGUUGAAGAAUAACGUCGCGCUUGUUGAGCCGUGGGUGCGAGAUCUAGAGGGGCGACUUGAACGGUUGACCUAG